AUGGAUGAUAGAAAUUUACCAGGCCAUAAUGCUUACCCAAAUGGCUACCUUUUUGCUCUGGGAGUAAACCAAGCUAACCUUAGUUCAUUCUCUAAAGCGCUUAAGCAAAUUAACCUGUUCAUUACUGAAACAUGGCCAAAUGCAAAGACUUUAAAAGUAGUCCUUUCUCAAAGUUCCGGCAAGUAUGCUAGCUCUACUAGUAUUACUAACGCAACAGUCCUUAGCGAAGUUGAGUAUGCAAAGCAAUGUAAAAUCCUUCACAAAGCUGCUACUUACAACCAAAGCAUAGGACCUACAGCCACGAAACCAACCCCCGACCCCACAACUGAGGAUGAUCCUCUAUCAGAAGAUCCUGACCUCCCCGACUAUACCGGACCUCUUAUUAUCAUAAGAGACACUCCCUACAGUGAAAAACUGAGCCCCUUCUCACAUGAAGAAUUCAGUAAAAAGUUGCACGUCCAUUCCGACGUUUUUUUGUUCCAACUAAGAUUACGUAGAGAAUCAAUGAUUUCGCUAUCCAUGUACCUUGGAAUUAAAAUCGAACAAGGCAAUCUCGAUGGUGUAUUUAUACCCACCUAUAAUUCUAGAUUAUCCCUUUCCGAUAACAGUAUCUACCUUAGUGACACGCUACCCAUAGACUGUAUCCGCAAAAUCCAUCUCAACCCGAAUGGAACACACAUUUACAGAAUGAUCCACUGCAAAGUCCACGAUAUAGAUAAUCAACCACAAUCCCUCACCAUGCGUGACGCAAUUUUCGUUAUCCAGCCUCAAUUUGCUACAACGAACCUUCGAUCCCGUACUCCUCAAGUGAAAGGAGCUGUACCCACUCCACUAUUCAAUAGUGCUAAAAGUGGCUUCACAUUUUCAGCUUUUCCACUAGAUGAGACUCCAACAAUUCCAAAGAACUACGUCUUUUUAUGGUCUAGUUAUAGACAUAUUAAAGACAGACGUCUACCUAAAAGUAAAGUGUUCUACACUACGCUUAACCCCAGCUACGGACAGAGUACCCUGCUUCACAAGACAAACAAUCCAUGCAAGCUCAUCCCUGAUUCAGACUGCUUCUAG